UCUCAUCUAAAGGCAGCAGUACGGCAGCUGUGAAGUAAACCAAGUCCAGGGACUUAAGCGUGUCAUCACACAAGUGCAACACCGUCCAAAUAGACAAGCUUUAAGCAUGGGUGUUCCCAAAUUUUUUAGAUGGAUGUCUCAAAGAUAUCCCUGCUUGAGUGAGGUGGUCAAGGAUUAUCAGAAUAUUUUUCAUUAUAUUGAGGUGCUUUUUCGGAUGAUCAGACCCAAAAAGGUGUUCUUCAUGGCUGUGGAUGGAGUGGCGCCGCGCGCAAAGAUGAACCAGCAGCGAGGCCGCAGGUUCCGAUCAGUGCGCGAGGCGCAGGAUCGCGAGCGCGAGGCGCUCGCCCGCGGCGAGACGCUGCCAUCCGAGAAGCGCUUCGACUCCAACUGCAUCACGCCCGGCACUGGCUUCAUGUGUCGGCUCAACCGGCAGCUGCAGUACUUCGUGGCCAUGAAGAUGUCAACGGACCCGCUGUGGAAGGGGCUGCGCGUCAUUCUCUCCGGCCAUGACGUGCCGGGCGAGGGCGAGCACAAGGUCAUGGAGUUUAUCCGCUACGAAAAAUCGCUGCCAGAGUACGACCACAACACGCGCCACUGUCUGUACGGCCUGGACGCUGACCUCAUCGUCCUGGGGCUGUGCACGCACGAGCCGCACUUCGCCCUGCUCCGGGAGGAGGUGCUGUUCACCAGGCAGCAGUCCAAGCGGACGACGGUGCCAGAGGAGAUGACUUUCUACCUGUUACACCUCAGCCUCUUCCGCGAGUACCUGGAGUACGAGUUCAGUGACCUGAAGGCUGCGCUUCCGUUCGAAUUCGAUAUUGAACGCAUCAUUGACGACUGGGUUAUGAUGGGCUUUCUGGUGGGUAACGACUUUGUGCCGCACCUACCCAACCUGCACAUCAAGGAGGACGCCCUGCCAAUCCUGUACAGCUGCUACAAGCAGGUGCUGCCCACGCUGGAAGGGUACAUCAACGACGGCGGCACGCUGGUGCUGGACCGGUUCGAGGCGUUCAUGCAGCAGCUGGCCCAGUGGGAGAUGGAGAGACUGGAGGACUCCGCCGCCGACCGGCGCUGGCUCAGGAGCAAACGCGGACCCGAGGACGUGCGGUAUAAGAAGACCGGCUCCAAGACGAAGUUCAAGCUGAAGGGGCGUGAUGACUUCGAGGACUUCAGCAUGUUCGACGCUCUGGAUGGUGUGGCAGAGGAGGAGUUGGAACCAGCUAAGAACAAGUCUGUGUUCAGUGAGAUCCACACCAACAUCGAUGACGACCUGCUGGAGGGGGACGAGUCGAUGGCCGAGCUGGAGUACCGGCAGCAGCGGCGCCACUACUACAAGACCAAGAUGGACAUUGAUAUCACGCCCGAGGCGGCCGUGCGGCAGGCGGUCGAGUUCGUGCGCGCCGUGCAGUGGAUCCUGCACUACUACUACGACGGCGUGUGCUCGUGGUCGUGGUUCUUCCCGUCGCACUACGCGCCAUACAUCGGCGACGUGCGCGGCUUUUGCGCCGUCGCCGACGUGGUGCGCUUCGACUACGGCCGUCCGUUCCUGCCCUACGAGCAGCUGCUGGCCGUGCUACCGGCCGCCAGUCAGGACUCUCUACCCGAGUGUCUGCGCCCGCUGAUGACGUCGCUGGACUCGCCCAUCCUCGAAUAUUACCCGGAGAACUUCGAGACGGACCUGAACGGCAAGCAGCAGGACUGGGAGGCUGUCGUGCUGAUUCCCUUCAUCGAUCAGGAGCGGCUGCUGGCAGCCAUUCAGCCGCUGUACGCCCGACUGACAGAGGAGGAGCGAGCCCGCAACGUGCACGGCGACGCCCACGUCUUCCAGUACACCAGCCAGGACCAGGGGCCCACCGCCUCGCCCGGCUACUUCCCGGCGCUGGAGCGGACGUACGCGCGCGUCUCGGUGCGCCCGCGCGAGCCAUUCAUCGCCGCCCGUUCGGCGCUGCGCAAGGGCCUG